UGGAAUUCUUUUUCCCACUUAAGUGACUUGCCAAGAACCUCAGCAAACUAGUUUGCCACACGUAUUUGGGACUCAAUUGAGACAUUAAAAUCGUAAUGAUAACCAGAAAUUUGCCAUAACUUGCCAUCAAUUGAUUAUAGCAUAUUGAAACAAAACUCCAUUUACAAGAUGGAGUUCAUCAGCAAAAGAUUGGGUGUUCUUCUAUUAACCAUUUGUUUCACUACUUCCAUGAUCAUCCCAUCAAAAGUAACUGCACUACUAAACCAAUCAACUGUUCAUAUCUUACCUCUGGGCCAUCAUCCUGAUCAUCAGGAAAUCUGUGAAGAGAUGAAAUGCAGCAAGAAUGGGCCUCCGGUGAGGUUCCCGUUUCGUCUCCAGGGACGACAGCCUGAAAACUGUGGUUAUAACUCAGGUUACGAUCUUUACUGCGACGAAUCGAAUCGAACUAUAUUUCAGCUUCCUGCAACAUCUAUCAAGUUUUUGGUCGCGAAAAUUGACUAUUUGACUCAAACUAUGAAAGUUCGAGCACCAGCUGAAGAAGAUUGUAUGGCAAAGCACCUCAAAGAUUUUGACAUUUCCACCACCCCAUUUCGGUUUUCUGAUUCAUCGUCGUCUGAAAAGGAUAGGUACUCUUUAUUCAAUUGCUCAGCCUCAAAAGGUAAUCCUUUUACUCGGAGAUAUAACUUCUAUAACAAGUAUCAAGAUAUUUGCCUUGAUAGCUCUGGAUACAAAGUGUUUGCGCUGCCUGCAAGUUCAGAAAUUGGGUGUUUACCUUUGGAAUAUUGUACCAAGAUGUACAAUACCAAAUUGGUUUCGGAUGAAUUAUUUAAUGUAAAAGGGAAAAAAAAGAGUAUGAGUUUGACUUGGUCUUUGAUGGACUGCAAAAGUUGUGAGAUGAAUGGUGAUCUUUGUGGAAGAGACAUCAGCGGAGCCAACAAUAAUCAAAUUCGAUGCUUUCAGAAGAACACUGGUAGAUUAACGAAGAUUUUUAGUGGUAUUGGUCCCAUCCUUGGAUUUUUGUUACUCCUACUGGUAACUACUGUAUUUGCCCUUGCUUAUUCCAAAAGGAAAAUAGAGGAAGAAAAUCAAAGGAGGAUAAAGAAUUUUUUAGAGAAUUAUGCUGCUAUGAAGCCUACUCGAUACUCCUACGCUGAUAUAAAGAAAAUGACCGACGACUUCAAGGAGCAAUUAGGCGAAGGAGGUUACGGGAAUGUGUUCAAAGGAAAAGUGGGGAAUGGCAUAUUUGUAGAAGUUAAAUUGUUGCAUAACUCCACGGAAAAUGGAGAAGAAUUCAUCAACGAAGUUGGCACAAUGGGAAAACUCCACCAUGCCAAUGUAGUUCGAUUGCUAGGCUAUUGCGCGGAUGGAUUCAAAAGAGCCCUUGUCUAUGAAUUCCUGCCUAAUGGUUCCCUAGACAAGUACAUAUUCCCAAAUAAAGGCACAGAGAAAGCAGUUCAUCAGCACAAGCAGCAGCUGGGAAUGGAGAAGUUACUAGAUAUUGCUAUCGGCAUAGCACGGGGAAUCGAGUACCUUCAUCAAGGAUGUGAACAGAGGAUCCUGCAUUUCGACAUAAAGCCACAAAACAUAUUGCUAGACAGAAACUACAACCCGAAGAUAUCAGAUUUCGGGCUAGCCAAGUUGUGCGAGAAGGGAAGGAGUGCGGUUUCCAUGACGGCUGCUAGAGGAACAAUGGGAUACAUCGCGCCCGAAGUCUUCUCCAGGCAUUUUGGGAAUGUUACUCACAAAUCAGAUAUUUAUAGUCUUGGGAUUUUAUUACUCGAAAUGGUGGGAAGACGAAAGAACAUUGACCCGAAUGUUGAAAAUGUCAGCCAAGUGAACUUCCCUGAAUGGGUGUAUGGGUGCAUGUCUGAAGGCAAAGAAUGGAGAAUCCAGGUUGAGGAAGAUGAUGCAGAGGACAAGAUUGCUAAGAGAUUAGCAAUUGUGGGACUCUGGUGCAUCCAGUGGAAUCCAAAAGAUCGUCCUUCGAUCACACUAGUGCUUCAAAUGCUUGGAGGAAGUGGUGAAGAUCUAUCUAUUCCACCAAAUCCUUUUUCCUCAGGCAAUGCCACGAGUCCAGGUUAUCGAAAAAUAGAUGAUAUAUACGAUGCCCUUAAGGCUGGUAUUGACUCUGAUCACCGAAUCCAAAUAAAUUCGUCAACUGAAAACCUUAGAGAUGUGCUUAGGAAACUCAUGUAAGUUAAUGCAUUGUGUAAAGCAGAUGUAAUUUGAUUUCAAAUUCUUUUAACUUCACUUCAAGAGGGCCAUACAUAGUGCAGAACAGAAACUACCAGUAAAACAAGGCCUUCACUCCUUUGCAACGUUUUGCUUGAAAGGUCUAGUUAGGGAAAUGAAGAGCAAAUAAACUUGGGUUUCCAUCACAGUUAGAUUAUGGUUUCGAUAUUUACAGACUGUUUACCGCGUCCUUUAAGCUCAUUUAUCAUUUUCUUCACAAAUAACCUGUAGAAUUUCCUCCCUUCCUGGCUUCUGAUGAGGUCCUUAUGGUAAAACCAAUGUCACCUUUUGCACUUUGUAUCAACCAGAGUAAAAUGUAAUACUCCUUCCGUCCCAAAAUUAUUGUCCAGUUUGAGAUUUCACUUUUAGUACAAUCCGAACUAAAAUUGAAA